AGCAUCAUCACAUCAUGAAGAGUUUACUUAAGUAUGCAAUGCCUAUGGUUAACCAUAAGCCUUAUAUUGCAAUGCUCUUUGUACAGUUUAUAUAUGCAGGCAUGGCCUUGUUUUCCAAAGCAGCAAUUUCCAAAGGAAUGAACCCUUGUGUGUUUGUGGUGUACCGGCAAGCCUUCGCCACCAUCACGUUAGCGCCAUUUGCUUUCUUCUUCGAAAGUAAGCUGACGUCUCUGUCAUACAAUUUAAUCUGGAAGAUAUUUUUGAUUUCGUUAUUCGGGCUCACCUUGAGUUUAAAUCUCUACUCUGUUGCAAUCAAGUACACCACUGCAACAUUUGCUGCUGCCACAACCAACACCAUUCCUGUUCUUACCUUAAUCAUUGCUGUCAGCUUAAGGACGGAAAGCAUAUCGGUACAAAAACUUCCAGGACUCGCCAAGGUGUUAGGUUCAGUAAUCAGUCUUUCAGGAGCAUUUGUAUUUGCUUUUGUUAAGGGGCCAGCUAUAAAUUCCAUGAACUGGAAUUCAUCAACUCACAACCAAACCACAAAUUCCGUGAUCAAGAAUCACUCGGUAGGGGAGUGGAUAAAAGGUUGCCUUAUCAUGCUUGCGGCCAAUACAGCUUGGUCUAUGUGGCUUGUUUUGCAGGGUCGAAUUGUGAAGCGAUAUCCGGCCAAACUACGCCUUACGGCUCUACAAUGCUUCUUUAGUUUCAUUCAAUCUGCAAUUUGGGCAAUUGCAGCAGAGAGAAAUCCAUCAGCUUGGAAGCUUGGAUGGGAUGUUCAUCUUCUAGCUGUUUUAUAUUGUGGUGUGAUUGUGGCUGGCAUCACAUACUGGCUGCAAGUCUGGACCAUAGAGAAGAAAGGUCCAGUUUUCACGGCAAUUUUCACUCCAUUAGCUCUAGUGAUAACUGCCAUCUUCUCUGCAUUCCUGUGGAACGAGACUCUUCACUGGGGAAGUGUUGCAGGGGUUGUGCUACUGGUUGGAGGUCUGUACAGUGUGUUGUGGGGUAAGAAGAGAGAAGAAGGAGAAAGGGUUGCAAAUGAAGAACAUGUUGAUUCUAAUAAAGAAAAAUUGUACUGGAAUGUAUUACACAUCAGUGAUGACUUUUGACUCCUUUUGGUGAUGAUAUUUUCCCACAAUGUGAAACUCCGCAAGGGGAGAUAAUACCAUCUUAGUCUUAGCGUCCUCAAAAAUAUCUACUUUUCUUUUUUCACUUCUAUUAUUGGCUUCAUGUUGUCUUUUCUCUAACUUAUUAGUGUUUUGAUUGAUCCAUUGAACCACUUGUGAAUACCUAAAC